UCCAAACUUUUCAAUGAAAGCCACAUGCUCUUUUCCAUGAGUUGUGUGCAGAGGUUCACAUACACUGACACACACAUACACAGGAAGGAGUCGAGAAAGAGAGACAUACACACACAGACUGAGGUAGUUGUUUGCAAAGAGCAGGUGUCCUCCUGUCUCACAAACCUUCAGAACUGCUCCUGCCUAUCUUGAUCAAACUGUGGACUUCCAAGUGGAGGGAAAGAGGGAAAGAAGGAGGACAGGAGAAAGACUAACCACUUCAAGGAGGAGGAAGAAUGGGAUAGAGACAGAGAACAACAAUCUCACUGUUCAGAACAUGGGCCGAGGCUAGAAAGAGAGGAACAGGAAAAAGGGAGAGAUACAGAGAGAGAUGUGGCCAGGCAUGGGGAGAGACAGACUGACUAGAGGACUGGUUCUGCGCCUGUGUCUUCUCCUCACCGCUCUCUGUGUCUGUGUUCACAUUUACCUGGAGCUGGGGAGCAGGAGGGGGGCACCUUCGCACUUCAUUUUAGGAUGUCCCACACAGACCAACCAGGUGCUACCAGACAAGGGUGCGAGGACACGGGGGACAAAGGACCCCAUGGAGCCCAACUUGAGGACUGAGGACAGAGCCAUGAAGAGAAUGGUGUCCUACGUACGCAAGCUGAAGAAUGACUCUGUAGCAGGGAAGACAGGGGGAGGGGACAACCCCUCCACAUGCUGCCCACCUUUGCGACCAAAGAGAAAGUCUCCCAGGUGGCAUAUAGAGCUCGAGCCGUGGGCCAGUGACAACCACUCCCUGGAGGAGGAAGCUAGGAGGUUCCUUCACUACAUCACUACACCACAGGUGUCUUGUGCCCCCCCUUCCCCAGAGGGCCCCUUGGCACUAGAGGAUCAGGAAGGGCCAAAGGGGCCCUGGGCAGUGUGUCUGGACAGCAGGUACAGCCUGGCACAACGGAUACACACCAAACACUGCCGGGUCUACUCUAUGGGGUUGGGUGUGGAGGAUAAAACCCUGGAGCGCUCUCUGGCCAGGGUGGGCUGUGAGGUACACUGUUUUGACCCUAGCCUAAAGCAGGCCCACCUGCAGGAGUCAGACAUGUGGCUCCAUCGUCUCUCCGUAGACUGGAGGGACCCCAACCCAGCCAUCCCCGCCCAGAGACAGCACGGCAACACCAAGAAACUGGCCACCAUCCUCAACGAUUUUGGACACAGACAGGUGGAUGUUCUGAAGGUAGACAUGGAGAGUGCGGAGUGGAAGAUUCUGGAGAACCUGGUUCUAGAAGGGGUUCUGAGCUCAGUGGGUCAGUUACUACUAGAAGUCCACCUCCACUGGGCAGGGUUUGAGGUGGAUGGGGACGACCCAUCCGUGGUGCGCUAUUGGUUCAGCCUGCUGAAGGAGCUGGAGCGAGCUCACUUCCACCUCUUCCGUUACCACAACGACCCAGCCAAACCCCGCCUUUUUCUGCACAGGAACUUUCUGAACGCCAGCAGUGCCUAUACACUGGGCUGGGUCAACAAUGAGUGGAGGCCUUGAGAGCACUGACUGACGGACGGACAGGCCUCUGGCCAAUGAGAAGGGGAGACUGUGAAAUGUAGUCCAGCUACGAUGGGAAAGGAGUCGUCAAUCCCAUGGGAUGUUUGCCUUUUGGAGCUCACUGUAAAAAUCCAAAGUAUUGGGACAGUGAUAAUUGUGUUGCUGUUUUGGCUCUUGUAAUAUGUCAGCCAGCAAUUUUGAUUUGAAAAGAUACAAUGACUGAGCUUAAAGUGCAGACUGUAAGAUUUAAUUUGAGGUGUAAUUUACCUGUGUAUUAAAGUAGUGAAAGUUAGCGGUAUAGAGGUAUGAUAUUUGUGCUUCUGUAACUUUCUCACUCAUCAUUAGUCACGAUUCAUUCAGGACUAUCCAUAAUCAUGGUGGCAUCACCAUUAAUGUUAGGAAACAUAUAUUCUUAUUUACAAUAAAAGUACUUCAAAAUGACACCAUAUAUUACUUACCAUGAAUUUCUAUUGAGUAUAAAAUAAUCUUAAACACAACCAAAACAAACAGCAAAUGCAUCCAACAUGUUUGUAAAGUCACAAGCUUGA